AACCUGAGUUUACAGAAUUUUAAAUCUCAGGGAUAUUCAGUUAUACUUUGUGUGUGUGUCUGUGUGUGUGCGCGUGUGUGUGUGUCAGUAAUGAUGUCUGUGUCCCUGAGGGAACUGUGUGAGAUGGUGAAGGUGCCCUAUGAGGAAGUUCAAAGGUUAAGGCCAGUGAUAGACAGUGUCAGCACAGAUGGAGAGAGUGACAAAAAUCAAGAAGCAGGUAGAGGUGGUAGCAGCUCAGAGGGAGAGGAUGAGGAGGAGACAGCACAGGAGAGCGAGGAUGAGGAAUAUGAUGUGGAUGCAGAGAACAACAGUGACAGCACAGAUGGAGAGAGUGACAUACAGAAAGAACCACGGAGAGGUGAUGGCAACUCACAGAGAGAGGAUGAGGAGACAGCACAGGAGAGCAAAGAUGGUGAGGAUGCAAGUUAAUUGGAGUGAAUAAUGUUCCGAUGAAACUGAGCAUGACGCAGUUGGAGGACGAAAACGCAAGGGGAGCGAUAACUGGAGGAAAAAUGAGCAAAAAGGAAGAAGAAUGAUGGGACAGUCGUAUGUUGGGAGAAACAAGAAAGGAAACGCUGCCAAGCAGCCCCGGAGCAUGGGACCAAGAUGCACAUCUGCUGCGUGUGUCAGGUCUACCAAGCAUCACUGCAGUAAAAUUGACGAGGCAGACCGGGAGAAGAUUUUUAAGAGAUUUUGGGAGAACAUGAACUGGGAAGAGAAAAGAAUGUAUGUGAGUGGUCUGGUACAUGUCAUCCCAGUACAAAGGAGAAGAGGGUCUGGAAAUUCAAGAAGGUCAUCUACCUUUGUUUUCUUUUUACAUGUUAAAGGACAGACAUUAAGAGUGUGCAGAAGUAUGUUUUUGGCAACUCUUGGAAUAGGGACAUGGUCUGUUCAAAACUGGUUGCAAGACACGGACACAACAAAGAGCUACACAACAGAGAGGAACAAAGCAUCGCGGCGCAGAGAGGCUUAUGAGUUUAUCAGGAGUUUUCUGAAGGAUCUCCCUAAGGUGCCCUCCCAUUAUUGCAGGUCAUCGACAUCAAAACAGUACCUGGAG